AUGUGGUUGGUGCGCAUCUUGCAUUUGCUGGGUGUAAUGGCCCUGUUUCCACUUUUGGGCUACUUUGGAGAAAGUGUUGGUGGCAGCGAUCUGAGCUACGCGGAUUUUUAUGGCAAUGCCAGUGCGAGAAUGCUGAGAUUUCGGGACUUUGAGCCGCGUCAGCAGAGUGCAAGAAUGGAGCUGACUUUGGAGGGCGAUGGGAGUGCUGAAUUGGAACGCCAGGGACGCGGCUUCCAUUUCCAUGCCAGCGGCGAGGAUGUCAGUGUGGAACUGGAGUUCAUUGUGCCCUUCCUCAAGGUGCCAGUGAAGAGGAGCAUGAAUCUGGCGCGGGAUGCCAUCCAGAAUAUCCUCAAUUUGCGAACCGGCGCUAUUAUAAACACGGCAGUUGUGGUGGCUGCAGGAGCUGUGAUUGCAGCCGUCGUGCGAUUACUUAUAGCACCCCUAGUAAUCACCUCUGUGGGUAAUGGCUAUGGCUAUAAAUCCGAUCCCGACAGAGGCAUGCGCCGGCUAACUGAUGUGGUGGAAUCCCAACUGGAGGAGCAUAAUAUCGAUAUGUCCAUCUGUGUGCAGCGCAUGAUCUGCCAGUACUUGCAGCAAAACUUAUCUUCCGGAUAUGCGAGGGUUCUAAAUGUGUUGACCAGCUCUCCCUGGCUUUAUUCAUUUGUAGAUGGAACUGCAGUUUUCCAUGCCAUCCAAUCUGCUAAAAGUAGUAGGAGUUGUACUCACACAUAUCGCAGUUGCAGAUGGCCAAAUCACUUAAACUGGAAAUCUGGUGGCUUACCCCAAGUCCUCAAGUUCUUCAAUGGAUAA